AGGUCAUAGAGAAAAAGUACCUCGAGGAGACGAAACAACUGGACCUAGAUCUGAACAACGAAAGGCAGAGAUACCAGAAUCUGCUCCAAGAAUUCAGCCGGUUAGAAGAGCGAUAUGAUGACCUCAAGGAUGAGAUGAAGCUGAUGGAGACGGUUUCCAAGCCAGGGCACAAGAGAACGGAUUCCACCCAUAGUAGCAAUGAAUCAGAAUAUACUUACAGCUCUGAGAUAGCUGAGGCUGAAUGGGAACCAAUGGGAACAGAGGAACCGAGUGAGAAAAAGGCACCUUUGGACAUGUCUCUCUUCCUCAAGCUACAAAAACGAGUGAAGGAGCUGGAGCUAGAAAAGCAGUCCCUGCAGGAUGAGCUAGAGAAGAAGGAGGACCAAGUUCUCCGGGCCAAGGCCAAGGAGGAAGAAAGGCCUCAGAUGAGAGGAGUAGAGCUGGAAUACGAAUCGCUUAAGCGUCAAGAGCUCGAGUCAGAGAAUAAAAAACUGAAGAACGAAUUGAACGAGUUGAGAAAGGCUCUGAUGGAAAAGAGUGCUCCAGAUGUCACCAUGCCUGGUGCUCCAGCAUACAGGGUCCUUUUGGACCAGAUGACAUCUGUCAGUGAAGAGUUGGAGGUCCGCAAGGAGGAGGUUCUCAUCCUGAGGUCUCAGCUGAUGAACCAGAAGGAGGCAGUGCAGCCCAAG